GUUACAGACCGCUAACUCGUUUUUUUGCCAACCUCUUGCUUUUGUCCAGCCUAGGAGAGUUCCAGAGGCGCUGCGACGAGCAACGAUAUAAUUAUCUGCGUUCAAUCUUACGACUUCCUUGCAGCUUCUCCGUCACUUUUGCACCCGCUGACUAAAUCACCUUGAAACAUGCUGACUCGUGCGACGCUGCUCGUAGCGUGCACCGGUGCAUUCGCACCUCAAGCACACAAACUCACGCCACUGACGCGCCGCCAGUUCACGGAAGUGCCGGAAGCGCUCGAUACGGCGCGCUUCGUCCGCGUCGAUCCCGAAUGCACGGACGAUAAGCCGGUGCUCCUGGCCCUCGGCGGCCUCGACGGCUCGCCGCGCGUCGGCGCACGGAACUGGAAGCGCUUAGGCGAAUGGUUCGACGUGCGCGCGCUCGUACUGGACCCGUCGGACCGGUCGUCGCACGGCGACCUCGUACGGCUCGCGGCCUCGGCGGCGGCGGCGGCGCCGGACGGUCAAGUGCACAUCGUGGCGGAGUCGAUGGGCGCGCUGGCGGCUUUAGGUCUGGCGCUCGCGCGCCCCGAGCGCGUCGCGUCGCUCGUGCUGUGCAACAGCGCGUCGUCGUACGCGCGCGCGCCGGUCUCGCGCAUCACCGGGUUGUUGCCGAGGCUGCCGACGCGGGUCUACGAGACGCUGGCGCCGGUCGUGACGCCGAUCAUGGGCCGGCCCGGCUGGACGGCGGCGCUGGGCGAGGGCCUGGCCGCGGCGUUGCCCCGCGAGACGCUCACGCACCGCGAGAGAGCUCUGUUGCGGAACGGCGCGGCGUCCGUCAACGACGCGCUCAAGCGGCUCAAGGCGCCGCCGCGCUGGGCCUCUAAUUGCGUGCUCGUGGCCUCGGAGAAUGACGCGGUGCUGCCGUCCGUGCGCGAGGCGCGAAGGCUCGCGCAAUUAAUCCCGGGCGCGACGGUCCGCAUCGAGCGCGGCGCGCCGCACGUCUUGUUUGACGCGGCGAACCUGCUGGACGUUUUUGCUGAUAACGGCCUCCUCCCGAGCGCGCCGCGCCGGGCUUCAAAUGGCGUCACGGCCACGACGCCCAUCGAGCGGUCGAUGCUCGCCGCGCGGCGCCUCGUGUCGCCGCGAUUCUUCUCGACCGCGGCAGAUGGCUCCGUCGAGGACGGCCUCUUCAACGUCCCGAGCGAGGGACCGGUGCUCUUCGUGGGCAACCACCAGCUUUUUGGUUUGGACGGCGUUCAUAUUGUGGAAGAGUUUCUACGAGAAAGGCGGCUCGCCCUGACGCCGCUGGUGUACCCUCCACUUUUAGCAGAUGAGAGCCCGCUCGCGCCGCUGCCUUAUCCAUUACCCGGGUCCGCGGCGAUGCUGCGGCGGUUCGGAGGAGAGCCGGCGGGCGCGAAGACCCUUAUAGCGGCGUUGAAGCGUGGCGCCAAGGCGCUCGUGUUCCCCGGCGGCGCGCGGGAGGUCUUCAAGCGCAAGGGCGAGGCUUAUACGUUGCGGUGGCCCUCGGACUCGUCGGCGCUCGUGCGCAUCGCCGCCAAGUUCAACGCCACCAUCAUACCUUUCGCGGGCGUGGGCGGCGACGAGUUCUUCGGGAACGAGGCUUAUGCCUUGGAUACCGACGAUUUGUUGACGAUGGACAACCGCGUCGGCGAGCGGCCCGCGUAGGGAUCAUCUUAAGGCGUCCGACGCCGUCGACGCGUCGAUUUCCACGCAGGCGAGUUCCUGCGGAAUCGUACCGAGUCCUUGGUGAGCCUAGUAGAUGGAGACACGUUCGUCCCACCGCUCAUGGCCCCGAACGCGGCGCCGCGCCGCAACUACUACCUCUUCGGGCGGCCCUUCCACACGACGGCCGUCGACCCGGCGAACGCGGACGCCUGCGACGCGCUCUACGGCGCCGUGCGCACGCAAGUCGAGCUCCAGGUGGAGUACCUGCUGCAGCGGCGCGGCGACGACCCGUACGACGACUUCGUCAAGCGGCUCGCGUACGAGUCUCUGGGGAGCGUCGCGCCUACGUUCUCUGUGGACGAGUAAUUUUGUGGUAUGUGAACAAUAUUUACAAGCUAAUACACAGAGAAUAUGCACGA